AUGGCUCAGACCCAUGAAGUCAACAUAGUUUCUGAAAACGACAACGAUGAGCAGGUCGGAUCCAUCAAAGUUCGAGAGAGUCUUCACGGAGCACUCGCAAGACUGCGCAUUAAUACGAAACCACGCACCAUCUGGGCAGAUGCCCUGUGUAUCAACCAGCAAGAUACGGAUGAACGAAGCAGCCAAGUGUCUAUCAUGGCUCUUGUAUACUGGAACUCACAUAAGUUGGCCAUCUGGCUCGGGCCUGACCCAGACAAACAGGCAACUGCGGCGUUUGAGGCUUUAAAACCAAUUUCACAAGCCACGUGGGGGAAGACCCUCAAGUUGACGAAUGAGGAUGUCGACAAAUUCGACCCCGUAGUUUGGGCAGGCGUGGGAAGAUUAUACGAUAACCCUUGGUUUCGCCGUGCCUGGGUUCAACAAGAGAUUGGGCUUUCUCGGAGCGCCGCGUUCUACUGGGGUGAAGCUGAAGCAUACGGCAUCCACGACUUGUUUGGCUUUGACAUCUGUGCGGACUCUCAGGAAGGCGGCAAAAAGGCCAAGCAGAUCUACAUCAGAGACGCUACUGCUGUUAAGAGUACGCGAAAUAUUUGGCUCGAGUACGGGCAGGCAACACAACCAGGAUGGAAGAAAGGGGACGAAUUUCACAAGUUUAUCAAGUCGACCAAUUUUCUCAACCUGCUUUCGAAAACAUUCUACUGCGAAGCAACAGACCCGAGAGAUCGUAUUUACGCCUUCCUCGGACACCCAAGUGCACGAAAGCCAGAUGCGUACAGUGACGUCGAGAGCGAAGACUACAUGGUCACUUGCGGCGGAAACGCGGCCCAUGCCCCCAUAAUCAUCCCAGAUUACUCAAAGACCACCGAAGAAGUAUACUUGGAAGUGGCCCGGAAAUUGUUCUGGCAACAUAAAGAUCUACGCCCUCUUGGCGCAGUCUGUCACACAGAGGAGUCGCUAGCAUCUGGCAUGCCAAGCUGGGUACCUCUUUGGGACAAGUCAAGUCCAUGGUUCAUACCCAUUGGCGCAUGGGUCAGUCAGUGGAAAGACCGGGUUAGUUUGCAGAACACAGAACCAGUGAGGAUUGGACACCGAGAGCUGCUUGUUGAUGGUGUGGUUAUCGCGACGACGACUCAGCGUCGAGAAUGGACGGACGCCCUGGUACAAGAGACCGCACAGAAAAUCGUACCAAAGGGCGGCUGGUCAAAGUUCGGAUACAGGUCACGGAGAUUAAUGUGCCACACGAACGAUGGGCUCGAGUGUUUGGUUCCAGACGUGACCAAACCCGGGGACAAGAUUGCGAUUCUAGUUGGAGGUUACUCUCCUUUCGUCAUCCGCCAUGUUAGCGACUCGGCUUACAAGAUCAUCGGCGCUUGCAUUGUAUGCGGCUGGAAGGACAAUGAGCUGAGUCGUAUCGCGGAGCGGUAUCGUCAUAAUCUUCAGCAGAUUGUUCUAGUCUAA